GCGAGCUCAAUGUGUAUGGGUGUGAGCGGAAACCGGAGUCAUAGCAGCUGACAUGUUUCAGCAAGAUCUCCUAGCAGGCAAACAGCACGAUGAUGAUUACUAUUACAGGGUCGUCAUAUGUGUUUUUGAGGAUGGGAUAGGCUGCUGCUAGGCUAUAGUAAAUAGGAGGAUACGGUCACUCAAUCCACAACUCUUGUAACACAAAGUAUCAUGGCAAACAGCACUGUUAAGUGAGCAACUGACAGAGUAGACAAUUAGAUCGACUGGUAUAUCGUGACCUUUUUAACAAGUGGUUGUAGAAAGAGCGCGUAGGAGGUGGGGAAAGGAGUCGUGCGCAAAUUUCAUUUGCGGAUCAUAUUUUCACCAUAUUGCAACAACAUGGAGUCGCAGACACAGUACACCCGAGAGGAGAUCAACAGCACGAUAUGGGAAGUGCCGGAGAAGUACACGCGAUUGAAGCAAAUUGGGACAGGGGCGUACGGUUCCGUAUGCUCGGUAAUAAAUGUGAAGACCACUGAGAAAGUGGCCAUUAAGAAGCUUCACCGGCCCUUCCAGUCUGAGAUUUUUGCAAAGAGGGCUUAUCGGGAGCUUCGACUGCUCAAGCACAUGAAACAUGAAAAUGUAAUAGGGCUUCUGGAUGUGUUUACUCCUGCUGCUGGGCUUGAUGAAUUCACAGAUUUCUACCUGGUGAUGCCUUACAUGUUCACCGACCUCUCCAAAGUCAAAGGACUUCUCACUGAAGACAGAGUGCAGUUCCUUGUCUAUCAGAUGCUGUGUGGACUAAGGUACAUUCACAAAGCUGGCAUCAUCCACAGGGACCUGAAGCCUGGUAACUUGGCUGUCAAUCAAGACUGUGAAUUAAAGAUCCUGGACUUUGGUCUUGCUCGCCAUGCCGAGGCGGAGAUGACGGGCUAUGUUGUGACCCGCUGGUACCGGGCACCAGAGGUCAUUCUAAACUGGAUGCACUACACCCAGACUGUGGACAUCUGGUCUGUGGGCUGUAUCAUGGGAGAGAUGAUCAAUGGGAAGACGCUUUUCAAAGGGAAAGACUACAUGGAUCAGCUGACUCAGAUCAUGAAAGUAACUGGAGUUCCCGGUCCUGACUUCAUUCAGAAACUGGACAGUCAGGAGGCAAAAAGCUAUGUGCGGUCCCUCCCUCACUUUCCCAGAAAAGACUUCUCUAAGUUGUUCCCCAGAGCAAGUGCACAGGCGAUUGACCUUCUUGAGAAGAUGCUGGUUUUGGAUGGUGAGACUCGGCUUACUGCUGAGAGUGCUCUGACACACCCAUAUUUUGAUGGCUUGAGAGAUCCAGAGGACUGCCCUGAGCCACAGCCAUAUGAUGACAGUCACGACAAUGCCACGCUGCCACUGGAGGAUUGGAGGCGGUUAUCCUUCAAAGAGGUGAAGAGCUUUGUGCCAUUCCCACGACGGGACUCCAAGAGGCGAAACACACUGACAAUUUCUCCGUGAUUCCAUGCUUGUGAUAUCAGAAAACACUGCUACCACACACCAGCAAACGGCAGUAGGCUUUACACCAUGUUGCCCCUGAAACAAUCCUGUCAUAAUUAUUUUCUAAAUGAAGCCUGUGGUUGAAUUUCGUAUUGGGGAGUAUUGAGCUACAUUGUGCCGUCUGUCUCUUUUGGCCUAAUUUGUAAUGGUCGAUCAGUGUUUCAGCAGUCAGAUUGUUUCAAAUUUAACCCCACUUCCCCACCCAUCGGUGAAUUAGUACAUUGUUCCCUCUAUGUAUCACAAUUGUUCGUGUUUUAUCAUACCCGAUGUUUAAUGGUCUUACUGUAUGGUUUUCUUUUUCUAAUAGUUGAUAUAUUAAAGAUGAGUUAAAUGUAAUGUACAGUUGAAGUUGGAAGUUUACAGACACCUUUGCCAAAUACAUUUAAACUUAGUAAAAAUUCCCUGUCUUAGGUCAGUUAGGAUCACCACUUUAUUUUAAGAAUGUGAAAUGUCAGAAUAAUAGUAGAGAGAAUGAUUUAUUUCAGCUUGUAUUUCUUUAAUCACAUUCCCAGUGGGUCAGAAGUUUACAUACACUCAAUUAGUAUUUGAUAGCAUUGCCUUUAAAUUGUUUAACUUGGGUCAAACAUUUCGGGUAAAUUGUUUAACUUGGGUCCCACAAUAAGAAGUGUGAAUUUUGGCCCAUUCCUCCUGACAGAGCUGGUGUAACUGAGUCAGGUUUGUAAGCCUCCUCACUCUCACACGCUUUUCCAGUUCUGCCCACAUAUUUUCUAUAGGUUGAGGUCAGGGCUUUGUGAUGGCCACUCCAAUACCUUGACUUUAUUGUCCUUCAGCCAUUUUGCCACAACUUUGAAAGUAUGCUUAGGGUCAUUGUCCAUUUGGAAGACCCAUUUGCGACCAAGCUUUAACUUGAGAUGAUAUCUUGAGAUGUUGCUUCAAUAUAUCCACAUCAUUUUCCUCCUCAUGAUGCCAUCUAUUUUGGGAAGUGCCCCAAUCCCUCCUGCAGACAAGCUACCCCACAACACGAUGCUGCCACCCCCGUACUUCGCGGUUGGGAUGGUGUUCUUCAGCUUGCAAGCCUCCCCCUUUUUCCUCCACACAUAACGAUGGUUAUUAUGACCAAAUAGUGACAUCAAGGUAGACCUUGAAAUACAUCCACAGGUACACUUCCAAUUGACUCAAAUGAAGUCAAUUAGCUUAUCAGAAGCUUCUAAAGCCAUGACAUCAUUUUCUGGAAUUUUCCAAGCUGUUUAAAGGCACAGCCAACUUAUUGUUUGUAAACGUCUGACCCACUGGAUUUGUGAUACAGUGAAUUAUAAGUUAAAUAAUAUCUGUAAACAAUUGUUGGAAACAUUACUUGUGUCAUGCACAAAGUAGAUGUCCUAACCGACUUGCCAAAACUAUAGUUUGUUCACAAAUGUGUGGAGUGGUUGAAAAACGAGUUUUAAUGACUCCAUUCUAAGUGUAUGUAAACUUUCGACUUCAACUGUAUGUGAUAGGGACUUUGUUUUCUCAAUAAAUGGCCAAAUAUUCAUACAUCCUUA